CUGCUCGAAACGCAUGUGUCACUUCCAGUAUGCUGCAAAGCCGCCGCUGCUGCCACACUCCUCGGGUGUAUUCUGCUGCUUCUGUUGUCGGUGGGAAGUAAGGUCUAGUGGUGUGGAAUCCUAGCCGGUGCUUCUGGGGAUGCGGUCCGCGUAGACAAGGUGUAGCAAGUGGUUUCGGAAGUGGAGCGUGGCAGAGAAAAGGAAGAAGAGAGAGCAAGAGAGAAGGCGGGUUGUCUUUCCUGUGCGAUACUAGAUAGCUUGUUUCGAUCGCUUGCCACGACGGGACUGACGUAGAAUAUGGCGGAGCAUCACCCGGCUACCGAUAGCAAACACAAAUCCUCGCUGAACUCCAGCGCCUCGUACUCCGGUAAUGGACGCAGCAGCGCGGCGUUCAUGGAAAGAGGGAGCAGCAACGCCGGGGCAGGAGGAGGAGGUGGUGGUGGAUUGUCCGGCGGCCUGUCGCAGCCGGCAGGCUGGCAGUCCCUGCUCUCUUUCACCGUCCUGUUCCUGGCCUGGCUGGCCGGCUUCAGUUCCAGGCUUUUCGCUGUCAUUCGCUUCGAGAGCAUCAUUCACGAGUUUGACCCCUGGUUCAACUACCGGUCGACUCACUUCCUCACCACCAAUGGCUUCUACGAGUUCCUCAACUGGUUUGAUGAGAGAGCCUGGUACCCUCUGGGCAGGAUAGUGGGGGGCACGGUGUACCCUGGCCUGAUGGUCACAGCAGGCCUCAUCCACUAUGUGCUCAACCUCCUGCAUGUCACCGUCCACAUUCGGGACGUGUGCGUGUUCCUGGCCCCGGUGUUCAGUGGCCUGACCUCCAUCUCCACCUUCCUGCUGACAAAGGAACUGUGGAACCAGGGGGCGGGGCUGCUGGCAGCCUGCUUCAUCGCCAUUGUCCCCGGAUACAUCUCCCGCUCUGUGGCAGGCUCCUUUGACAAUGAAGGCAUCGCCAUUUUUGCUCUUCAGUUCACCUAUUACCUCUGGGUGAAGUCUGUGAAGACAGGAUCAGUCUUCUGGGCUAUCGGAUGCUGCUUGUCUUAUUUCUACAUGGUUUCAGCUUGGGGCGGUUACGUUUUCAUCAUCAACCUUAUUCCACUUCAUGUGUUUGUCCUGCUGCUCAUGCAGCGCUUCAGUCGCAGAGUCUACAUAGCCUAUAGCACCUUCUACAUCAUCGGUUUGGUCCUUUCCAUGCAGAUCCCUUUUGUGGGCUUUCAGCCAAUCAGAACCAGCGAACACAUGGCGGCAGCAGGUGUGUUCGUGCUGCUUCAGGUCUACGCCUUCCUUCAGUACCUGAAAAACCGACUGACCAGGCAGGAGUUCCAGACUCUGUUCUUCCUGGGAGUCUCUCUGGCUGCUGGAGUGGUUUUCCUCUCUGUCAUCUAUCUCACAUACACAGGGUACAUCGCUCCAUGGAGUGGGCGCUUCUACUCCCUGUGGGACACUGGCUAUGCUAAGAUCCACAUUCCCAUAAUAGCGUCGGUGUCUGAGCACCAGCCGACCACCUGGGUGUCCUUCUUCUUUGACCUUCACAUCCUCGUCUGUACCUUCCCAGCAGGUCUCUGGUUCUGCAUCAAGAACAUCAACGAUGAACGGGUGUUUGUGGCCCUGUAUGCCAUAAGUGCUGUGUAUUUUGCCGGCGUGAUGGUGCGUCUGAUGCUCACUCUGACCCCGGUGGUGUGCAUGCUGUCCGCGGUGGCCUUCUCCAGCGUCUUUGAGCACUACUUGGGAGACGACAUGAAGCGACAGAGUCCCCCUGCAGAGGACAGCAGCGACGAGGACGACCGAAAGAACGCCAGCAACCUUUACGACAAGGCUGGUAAGGUGCGUAAACACGUUACAGAGCAGGAGAAGGCUGAGGAGGGCCUGGGCCCCAACAUCAAGUCCAUAGUCACCAUGCUGAUGCUGAUGCUGCUCAUGAUGUUCGCCGUCCACUGCACGUGGGUCACCAGCAACGCCUACUCCAGCCCCAGCGUAGUGCUGGCAUCUUACAACCAUGACGGCUCCCGUAACAUCCUGGAUGACUUCAGAGAGGCCUACUAUUGGCUGAGGCAGAACACCGAUGAGCACGCCAGGGUCAUGUCGUGGUGGGACUAUGGCUACCAGAUAGCGGGCAUGGCAAACAGAACCACGCUUGUGGACAACAACACGUGGAACAACAGUCACAUAGCACUGGUGGGCAAAGCUAUGUCAUCCAACGAGACUGCAGCGUAUGAAAUCAUGAGGUCACUGGAUGUCGACUACGUCCUGAUCAUCUUUGGCGGUGUGAUUGGCUACUCGGGCGAUGACAUCAACAAGUUCCUGUGGAUGGUGCGCAUCGCAGAGGGAGAGCACCCCAGGGACAUCAGGGAAAGUGACUACUUUACCCCGCAGGGUGAGUUCAGAGUGGACAAAGCUGGCUCGCCCACCCUGCUCAACUGCCUUAUGUACAAAAUGUCUUACUACCGCUUUGGAGAGAUGCAGUUGGACUUCAGGACACCACCAGGCUUUGACCGCACUCGUAACGCUGAGAUUGGCAACAAGGACAUAAAGCUGAAGCAUCUGGAGGAAGCCUUCACAUCGGAGCACUGGUUGGUCAGGAUUUAUAAGGUCAAAAAGCUGGAAAACAGAGACCGUGUGGAGCAGAAGCUGCGGAGUACUGACUCCAGUAAGCAGAAGUACACCUCCAAAAAGCAGACGGCCAAGAGGAAGCGUGGAUACAUCAGGAACAAGCUGUCCCUCAAGAAGGGCAAGAAACAGACCAAGAAGUCUUUAUAGAAAGCCCACCAACAACAACUGAGACACAGUGUGGACGGUAGAGUGGAAACAAAAUCGUACAGUACUUUCAGUAAAAAAAAAAAAAUAGAAAAAAAAAAUAAGAAAAAUAAGAAAAACGAAUAUAAACAUGCAGCAACAAGCAAAUCACCCAAUCAAGAUGAAUGAGAAACACCGGGGCCUCUCUAGACUCCUGUCAUCCCGGAGAACAUGUCAAACCCCAGCUAACCUCUGGGCCGAAUAACUGGGGUGAAGCAGGCGGAAAGCAGGGGAUGUCGGCUCGUGCGAGAUUCUGCACUGGUUUUUAACCUGAGGAGCUGUGACCUUAGACCUGCUUUUCUUUUUUUUGUACUUGAACGUGCAGCGAGUGAUGGGUUGACAGACGGAGGGGGUGGGAUAAGAUGUCCUGGGUGUGGGACUGCUCUAUGCAUCAUUCACACACACACACACAUACAGAAAACACAGCACUGUCGAACCAUGUCACAAACCAAGCACCGUGACCCCUUAGACCUGCUCACACUGAGAAAAAGGGUGGUUUUGUUUUUAAAGAGGGGAAGGGGGGGCCUGAAAUGGUUUCUUCCCCCUUGUUGUUGUCGUUCUAACAUUAACCCACCCACCGCUUCCUCAGUUUGAACUCGGCUGAAAACAUGAAUCCACUCACAUCAGUUUUUAUUGUGUUUUCUUUUGCUUUCUCCUUAGAAUCCAUUAACCAACAGGAGUUUGCAUGUGUGCGUACACGGUCUGUGCCGUUAAGGAGAAGCCAACCUCGUACCGCUGCGAUGAUGGCACAUGCUAAUUUAAAAGUAGACUAUAUAGACUACUUAAAGCUGCAGUAGGCAGAAAAAAAAUAGUUUAAACAUGGUGAGUGUCAUCCCCACAUUGUUAUUAAAUAGUAACAUUUUUGGGAUGGAGGCUCUCUGUGCUCAACUCUGCCCAGAUUAAAGGCCGGUACAGUUAGUUCUGGCCUGGAGUUUGUAUGGGCCUUAACACGGACACAUGCGUGUGAUAUGUGACUGAUGAUCUGCAGUCAUCUCGUGAAAUGCUCCGUCCUUAUUGACACAUAAUUAUUUCAUUUACUCUCCUGACUCUAUUUUAGACUUUUGAGGUUGCUGUACAGUGUAGGCAGUUAUUGCCGAUGCUGGAAUGGCGUCUUUUCCACAACGGGCCGUGUACGUGCAGCUGAUAAGUGAUCCACACCCUUUCCCUCUGAAGUCUCCCAUCAUGGGGCAGUUUACCUAACGUUGUAAACGGAGGCUAAAGGUAAAGUGCAGAAAUGUACUUCUAACCCCAGCUUUUAAAGUAUAAUUCCUGUUUGGUGCAGUUUUUUGCCGUCUGUGUCUCUCUGUGGUUGCUUAAACAAGCUCUUACCAAAGCAGGAACGAUGAGCUGUUGUUAAAACGGGCUUUAAACGACCUUAUAAAUUAAAUAGUUAGUUAGUGAAGGAAACCCCACAUGAUGAUGUUCACAGAAAAACAAACACUUUCCCUGUGUUGUCUUCCACUCAGUCUACAGGCUGCGGGUGCUCACUCACAAACAAUAACAUGUUGAGUACACUCACUUUAGAUUUUAGCCUCGGUUAAAUGACUUCCAGUAAGUUUGUAUGUUAUGAGUAUGUAUAGGAGUUCAGUUGGAGGACUCGCAAAAUUAUUUUAAAGUAGAAUCAGAGCAGAAGUAGCUAAAAUACCCUGUCAUUUAUAUUAUUAAAACUAUAUAUCCCACACAUCGCCAAAUGAUAUAUAGUAAAUAUGACUUAAUGAGCUGGUCUGUUUUCAGCCCUGACUGAACACGUAAUUGCUUGACGACUGCGUUUCCAGUUGCUGAUGAAAGUACCAGCCAAAGUGUAGUAAAACUAGAAUGAUGUCAUCGUUGUCUGGGACAUUUGUACAUGAUGAACCACAGAGAGCCUUCGCCACCACUGAAUCGCAGUGGGUAUAACAUUUAAGGGUUAGUUUGGGAUUUCUGAGUUGGGGUUGUGUGAGGUACUUAUACGUAUGUAGAUGACUAAACUAAAUUUAACCACUUUAAAGAAAAGAGGCUCAUCUGAUAAAAUAUGUCAUCUUUCAGUUCUUUUUGUAUUUAAUUAAAAAACAGCACUGCAUGUCAUUUCACAGGAGGCAUCAUGAGAGACAUACAGAAGGUGGACAUAAAGUUACCUUUACUAAUUGGCAGCAUUUUCUCUUUCAUUUGUGUCCCCGUCGUACAACAUCUUCAGAGUUUCUUCUCCUAAACAAACUUCUCGGUUACUCGUCCUGCCUUAUUUUUUGUUUCUUAAAGAUAUUAUAAACAUAUCGUUCCUGCGCGAUUCUGUUGUGAGCUUAAGUCUGAAGAAUACCACCACAAGACAAUCCAGACUGUGAGGACAGCAUUUCAGCCUUAAAAGAAAGAAAGAAAGAAAGAAAAACAAAUUACUUUUUUUUCCCCCCAGCGCUCAACUCUGGGGGAAAGUCGGUGAGUGUAUUUAUUACAUGGACAGUGGAGGCUGCGAUGACUUAAGUGAGGGCAGCGUCCUAUCAUGAAGUGCAAAGAUUUUAUUUUGUGUUGAUUUUUUGAGGUUUUCCUCCAUCAAUUGUAAUGAACUCGAUGCAGGUGUGCGAAUGAAACAUGCCUUUUUUGAAUAAAGGGUUCAAUUAA